UGAGCGGGAGAUUUAAUAUUUUACAUUGCAACAACAACACAACAUUGAAGGAGGAGUGAGCGGAAAGCAAAGUAUAAUAAAAAUUGCAAUUUUGUAAAAAAAGAAGAAAAAAUCCGAUAUAUUAUUUAAGUAAUUAAUUAGAACUAAGUGUUACUGGAAAAAUCACAACGGAACCGUAUUUCAAAGCUUUCACACAACACGGUAGACAGUUUUCCAGCAUGGCCAUGCAGAUGUUGAGUAAUAAUAAUAAAACCGCCGACGAUAAUGUGGACGAGGAGAAUUUUGGACCACAACCAUUAAGCAGGCUGGAGCAAUGUGGGAUCAGUGCGAAUGACGUAAAGAAGUUGGAGGAAGCUGGGUUCCAUACAGUGGAGGCAGUUUCUUAUGCACCGAAGAAAGAGUUGCUGAAUAUUAAAGGAAUCAGUGAAGCUAAAGCUGAGAAAAUAUUGGCAGAGGCGGCUAAAUUGGUGCCAAUGGGAUUCACAACUGCCACAGAAUUCCAUCAGCGCAGAUCAGAGAUAAUACAGAUCUCAACGGGGUCAAAAGAACUGGACAAGCUACUUCAAGGUGGAAUUGAAACAGGCUCAAUUACAGAAAUGUUUGGAGAGUUUCGCACUGGUAAAACACAGCUGUGCCAUACUCUGGCUGUGACCUGUCAGCUUCCGAUUGACCAAGGUGGCGGAGAGGGAAAAGCCAUGUAUGUUGACACAGAAGGGACCUUCCGGCCUGAGCGACUGCUUGCAGUUGCUGAAAGGUACGGGCUAUCGGGAAGUGAUGUUCUGGAUAAUGUAGCAUACGCCCGGGCAUUCAACACAGACCACCAAACUCAGCUGUUGUAUCAAGCAGCUGCUAUGAUGGCAGAGUCCAGAUAUGCAUUGCUAAUUGUGGACAGCGCCACAGCCCUGUACAGGACAGAUUACUCAGGCAGGGGAGAGCUGGCUGCCAGACAGAUGCACUUGGCCAGGUUUCUACGAAUGCUGCUUCGACUCGCAGAUGAGUUUGGUGUUGCUGUGGUGAUUACUAACCAGGUGGUGGCACAAGUGGACGGUGCAGCCAUGUUUGCUGCAGAUCCAAAGAAGCCGAUUGGAGGGAAUAUUAUUGCACAUGCUUCAACCACUAGGUUAUACUUGAGAAAAGGUCGAGGAGAAACAAGGAUCUGUAAGAUUUACGACUCCCCUUGCCUUCCGGAGGCAGAGGCAAUGUUUGCAAUUAAUCCGGAUGGUGUUGGUGAUGCGAAAGAUUGAGCUUCAUGCUGCUGUAGCCUGUUGCACGUGAAGAUGGAGACCCUAGAGCAAUAAAAAAAUGUAAAUUUCAAUAAAAGCCUACUUUCAUUUCUGUGUCAGUUUAAAUCCACUAUGGAGAUAAUGGCUACUUUGCACUGGUGGAUGGUGUAUAACCAGCCUAAUUGUCUUUUAGUUAAAUGGCUUUGGAAAGAAGUUAUCUUUUUAUAUAGCUUUAUUAGGAAAUGGCUCGAAAUGCUGAUUUUAAAAGGUUGAAAAAAAAAAAAAAGCAGUUGUGUUUUUGCAACAAGCAGACGUGGCUGUUUUUGUUUUUGUAACAAGCAGACAUGGCUGUUUUUGGUUUUGCAAUGUGUCGAAGGAAAGAGGGGACGUGUAGCCAUGGGACAGUAAUCAUCAUUGUGUAUGUAUAACAGGUGGAGGCAACAUGACUAAUUCAGAGAUGGCUUUAUAAUCUGCUUUACUCCAUAGACCUUUAUCGGAAACACCCACUGUAUUGAGUAACUUACAGUAAGGUGGAAAAGAGUGGACAGGAAGGUAGUAAAAUGGAAAUUGAAACCCUAAAGUAGAGCAGUGUUUAUACCGUUUUUGGUUUUAGUUUUUUUGUGCAGUUUCAGUCCUGUUUGUGUUAGUCACUGUCUUCUGUAACAGUCUUCUGUAUAUAAGAUUUAAUAUGUAAACUAAUAAACAUUUAAACCAC